CUCUUCGACUAAACGAAUUCACUGUCACAACAUUAAACUACGUGACUCAUAAUAUCUUGGGUGUAUCGCCCUGAUAUUAACACAUAGUCUAUUGUUUUAACAUCAGCCAUUUAAGUGACUUUGUAUUUUGAUUUACUAUAAUAAUCAGAUGGCGUCCUCAUCGGGGGUGCCAACACUAAAACUGAACAAUGGCGGGAAAAUGCCAGCGAUCGCUUUGGGGACAUUCCUUGGUUUUGAUCAGAAUGGUCCGGUAAAAUCUCAAAAUAAACAACUUCGAGACGUGGUUAUGGAAGCUAUAGAAGUCGGCUACAGACAUUUUGACACCGCAGCCAUUUACGACACGGAGGAGGAAAUAGGGGAGGCUAUUAAGUUGAAGAUUAAGGAGGGGGCGGUUAAGAGAGAGGACUUAUUUGUUACUACUAAGUUAUGGAACACCCACCACAAGAGGUCGCAGGUCGCCGAUGCGCUGAAGACAUCACUGGACAAACUCGGCUUGGACUGCGUGGAUCUGUACUUGAUGCACUGGCCUAUUGGGUUGAAUAAAAUUUUGCAGGAGGAUUACACCCACUCUUCGACAGACUUCAUGGAAACAUGGCGCGGCUUGGAAGACGCGGUGAGCCUGGGCCUGGCCAAAGGCAUAGGGGUGUCGAACUUCAACAGGGAGCAGCUGCAGAGGGUGCUGGACGAGGGAGCUGUCAAACCUGUCGCUUUGCAGAUUGAGGUCCACCCGCAAAUCUCCCAAAAAGAACUAGUAACCUUCGCUCAAUCUCAAGGCCUGGUGGUGAUGGGUUACAGUCCCUUCGGCUCGUUGGUAAGAAGGUUCGGCAUGAUGUUCCCGGGCCCCAGGAUCGACGAUCCGACGCUGGUGAAGGCGGCGGAGAGGCACGGGAAGACCACGCCGCAAGUGGUUUUGCGGUGGCUGGUUGACAGAAACAUUGUGCCAGUACCGAAAACGACGAACUUCAAAAGACUGAGAGAAAACAUCGACAUCUUCGAUUUUGCACUAGAAAAGAGUGAGAUAGAAGAUAUUGACAAAUUCGAUUCCAAAACUCGCUUCACGUUGCCGUCGUUCUGGCAAUCUCAUCCGUAUUACCCGUUUGAGAAAGUCGAAAAUCCUAUUGCAGAUCCGUUUGUUAAGGGUCAAAAAUAAAUUAAUUCAUAAGACUUUUAAAACAGUAUUUGUUUUAAUUACUUAACAGUGUUAAUUUUAGCACGUUGUCAAAUAAACCAUUUCUUUCUUUCAUAAUAAAUUUAAUUCAGAA